AUGCUCCUAUUCAUGCUCCCCCGACGGAGCACCAUUGGCCGUGGGCCGAGGAUAUCGGCACUCAAACUGGUCUCGGCACGAGCAGUUGGCUCCCUUCCACGGCUCCACGCCCAGGUUGCCGACAUCUCCAGCGAUCUUGAGAACAACGCGAGUCGAAUGCCGCCGGUCUUCAACAAGUUCGGAGCCAAGGACGUGACUCCACCGGUGUACCCGGUAGCAACAGCCCUUCCACAGAACCGUGACGAGUUCUGGCGCAAGGUCCCGUUGUGGAGGGACGUUUCGACCAAAGAAUUCCUCUCGUACAGCUGGAGUAACUUGGUCGAAACCCAGCAGCAGCUCUACAACUUCCUGCAGACAACUCUCCCAGAUGAAGUGCCGUUUGACCAGUCCGGCAUGCGGAUGCAAACUCGCGAUGAGUUCAUCCGGGAUGUGUUUGAGGGCAUCACCGCCGCCACCAUGGCGGUGCGGAUGACUCCUUACAUCCUGAGCCGAAUAAACUGGCACAACCCCCGGCACGACCCCAUUGCGCGCCAGUUCCUCCCUCUCAAGUCGCGAAUGAUCCCAGACCAUCCCAAACUCAAACUUGACUCCCUCCACGAGGAAGCCGACUCGCCCGUCAAAGGCCUCGUCCACCGUUACCCAGACAAGGCCCUCUUUCUCCCAACCUCGGUCUGUCCAACCUACUGCACCUUCUGCACGCGGUCCUACGCCGUCGGCGCCGACACCGCCACCGUGCACAAGGCCUCGCUCAAACCGGGCCGGCGCCGGUGGGAGGAAGCCUUCGCCUACAUCGCCAGCCAGCCGCAACUCACCGACAUUGUCGUGUCCGGCGGCGACGCGUACUACCUGCAGCCGCAGCACCUGCGCCUCAUCGGCGAGCGUCUGAUUGACAUGCCCAACAUCAAGCGCUUCCGGUUCGCGAGCAAAGGGCUGGCGGUAGCGCCCGGCAGAGUGCUGGGCGGGGAGGGGGACGGGUGGGCAGAGGCGUUGGUGGGCGUGUCGAAUACUGCGAGGCGGGCUGGCAAGGCGGUUGCGUGGCAUACGCAUUUCAACCAUCCCAACGAAAUCUCGUGGAUCACGGAGAUGGCGGCUCAACGGUUGUUUGAGGAGGGGAUGAUGGUGAGGAAUCAGACGGUGUUGUUGAGGGGAGUCAAUGAUGACGUGGCGACCAUGAAGAGAUUGAUCAGGGGGUUAGCGGAUAAUAAGAUCUUUCCGUACUACGUCUACCAGUGCGACAUGGUCAAGAGCGUGGAGCACCUGCGCACGCCGCUGCAGACCAUCCUAGACCUUGAGGCGCAGAUCCGCGGGUCCAUUGCCGGCUUCAUGAUGCCCUCGUUCGUGGUCGACCUCCCUGGCGGUGGCGGCAAGCGGCUGGCGUGCUCAUACGAGUCGUACGACCGGACCACGGGCGUGUCGAGGUACCGGGCGCCGGCUGUUAUCGGGCGUGACAAGGAGAACAAGGUUUACGAAUACUACGACCCUGUCGACUCGCUGCCUGGGAGGACGGGCUGA